GUUGCAUCACAGUUCAUGAGCUGCUGUUUCACCUUCCUCGUGGCUCAGCCAAUGGCUUUAGACUGGCAAGAUGGGCAGUAGACAACUGAUUCAAAUCUUUUCUGGCUACCUUGAUCCUGGCUGGUGCCUUGGCUUCCACUAAAUCAGAACCACGGGGGAAAGAAACUGGAAACCACUGGGGAGUAUGGAUUGGCUCGAAAACAAAAGGGCAAAGUCCCUGCGGGUCUCCAAUGAGAGAGAGGCAUUUCAGGUAUGGAGUAGGGAAACUAUCUGCAUGUGUUUUUGAGUGACCAGGCACUUAACAUGGAGUGGGGGACACCCUGCUUUUACCUGAGCUGUUUAGAUAGCUCAGAUCUAAGGUCCUGCAAGCAACCAGGCCUAGGAGAAAGGCCACAGCACAGUGGUGUAAUAGAUUACAUGCAGAAGGUUCCAGGUUCAAUCCCCAGCAUCUCCAGUUGGGGCUGGGAGAGACCCACAGAGCUGCUACCAGGCAGACCAGACAAGACUGAGCUAAAUAGCUCAAUGGUCAUACGCAGUGCAAGGGAGCUUCCUGUGUUCACACAUGUUCCUAUCUCCCAAACUCUUCAGCUGAAGAAGAUCCGGCGGUCUCUUGACUCCAUGAAGACGAUUAAUGAUAACCUGCUGAAGCAAGAGGAGAGGAAGGUGAAAAAGUGGCUGAAGAAACAAGCACAGAUCUCACCCUCUUCUUCAGCCUAUAAAACAUUAUACUACAAGGUAAUGAAGAAGUCUGGAAGGGCAGGAUGGCACUAUAGAAACAUUGUUCAUCUAGUUGUCUAUAUACGCACAGCACAAAUAGUGGAAUUGUAGAAUUGGAAGGGACCUGAAGGGUCAUCUAGUCCAACCCCCUGCAAUGCAGAAAACACAGAUUCAUAAGAAAGAGGGUUGUUUUGUUUUGUUUUGUUUUGUUUUGUUUUGUUUUGUUUUUAGCUACAAAAUGUUGCACGCCUCUGCUUAGCUCCAUUCUUGGUUCUGUAGAACAUGCCUACAGAUGGCUGAAUCUCUUGGCUGCAGCUUCUCAUUCAUUCAUCUUAGGUUUAGGUGUCCACAUUUCCACAUUAGUUUGUUAUUUUUGUUAGUUUGUUUUAAAUCCCUAAUAAUAAUAAUAAUAAUAAUAAUAAUAAUAAUAAUUUAUUUAUACCCCGCAUCCAUCUGGCUGGGUUUCUCCAGCCACUCUUGGCAGCUCCCAGCAGAAUAUUAAAAACACAAUAAAAUAUCAAACAUUAAAAAUUUCCCUAAACAGGGCUGCCUUCAGGUGUCUUCUAAAAGUCAGAUUGUUCUUUAUUUCCUUGACAUCUGAUGGGAGGGUGUUCCACAGGGUGGGUGACAGUACCAAGAAAGUCCUCUGCCUGAUUCCCUGAAACCUCAUUUCUCACAGUGAGGGAACCAUCAGAAGGCACUGGACCUCAGUGUCCAGGCUGAACGAUGGGGGUGGAGACGCUCCUUCAGGUAUACUGGGCCAAGGGCUUUAAAGGUCAGCACCAACACUUUGAAUUGUGCUCAGAAACAUACUUUAAAUGUGGAUUUCUCCUAAUACACAAAAUUUUAUGUGCAAUUUUGCCUUAUAUAAUGCAUUUUUGCGUACGAUCUUCACUAAUGUGUGCAUUUUUACGGACAUUUUAUCCUAGUGCAAAUGCAUUUUUGUAUACAUUGCAUGGCUGGGGAGGUACAUUGCAAGAAUUCAGAGAAGUGCAAAUUUCAAAAGAUAGCUGUGUUUUGGUUCACAUACUGUUUCCAAAAGUGCAAAUUAGGUAGGUUCACUUUUAAAUGCCAACAGAUCCCUAGUCACACCCAGAUGCAACAUGAUCACUAGCACCAAACUCCUCCUAAUACUAAACACAGGGCGGGGGGUUCCGACAGCUUGGUUGCCCCAAUGGCCUCACCUGUGAAUGAAAAGGAGGAGCUUUUGCAUAUUGGGGGGGGGAUUUGAAGUUAUUCAAAAGUCCAUGACUUCUUAAAUUGCAGCCCUAAUGAGGGAAUCCCUCCCCACAAUAUGCUGUAUUCAUCAGUACUGCACCUGCUUAUUACAGUCUCAGGAUACUCCGUUAACUGUUACGAUUCCAAGCUGGAAGUCAGAAGAACCACAGAUUGAUGAUAGAGAGGCAAAGAACAGCAUGCCCAGAUAGGCCUGACUUGAGGGGAUGCGGAGACUGGUUGGGUCUGGACAUGCUUGCUCUGUGAUGGCAGGAGAAAGAGGGAGAAAAUGUCCUGCUUCUGUGCCUCUAGAGAACGCAGAAGAAAGUGAAAUUACUGGCCCAGGAGCAGGAGUGGAGCACUGUCAAUUUCAGUUUCUUUCUAUUUCUCAACCUUAAGUUCAGUUCACAUCAGUUUGCCAGCUGAACUUUUCCCUAAAAAAACAAAAGAAGGUCCCUCCCAAAACUGCACCGGCAUUUCCAUAACCAUUUAUCCCCAGAUAACGCAUCUUUGCAUGUGAUUUUCUCUAAUAGGCAUCUUUUGACAACCAAUUUCCCUUACUAUAAUGCAUUUUUUUCAGUAGGAUUUUCAUGAAUAAAUGCAUUCAUAUAUUUUUUGCACAUUUCCCCCUAAGACACAAAUCCUUUGUACAGAUUUCUUGGUUGAAGCGUUGCAUCAGAAAAUGUUGAAAUGUGUGGAUUUUGAUGGGCAGGCGUGGUUUGGUUUGCAUAUUGUUUUGGUGAAGUGCAAACGAGGUAGGCUCGCAUUAAAAUGUGAACAGAACAGGAUUUCUCCCCCAUCCCUCCUCCCUCCCUUCAAAUCCAUCCUCAAUACCCACUUUUUCCACUGUGUAACCUUUGGUUCAGUCCAUUGGCCAGAGCAGCUGCCUGAUUCUUGUAACCACUGGCAUUCAACCUCCCUGCUCUGAAUAAUGUUUCAGACAGGACCUCCUGUCCUUAACUUCCUUCCUGUUGAGCAGGUCCCCAGCUAAGUGCUCAGGCAUGGAUGGUUGAUGCUUUCUCAAUGGGAGAGGUCCAGAGGGAUCUCUGGGAUAAAACAGCUGUCCUACCCCCUGCCAGCAUGCUCUAAGCUAGAUAUCUCUCUGUGUGAACAGCAGAAUAGGGAGUGUGUGCAUGUGUGUUUGGAAUGAGACUGCGGCUGCAUUCACACAACAGUUUAAUCCAGGCGUAGGCAAACUAAGGCCCGAGGGCCGGAUCCGGCCCAAUCGCCUUCUAAAUCCAGCCUGCGGACAGUCCGGGAAUCAGCGUGUUUUUACAUGUGUAGAAUGUGCCCUUUUAUUUAAAAUGCAUCUCUGGGUUAUUUGUGGGGCAUAUGAAUUCGUUUAUUUCCCCCCAAAAAAAUGUAGUCCGGCCCCCCACAAGGUCUGAGGGACAGUGGACCGGCCCCCUGCUGAAAAAGUUUGCUGACCCCUGGUACUCCUUUCCCCCGCUAUUUCCCCAACUGUUAAUUUCUACAUUAUAUCUGAUGUUUCACACAAUGUAAAAGUCACUUUUGGAAAACUAAAGGAACAUAGUAUAUGCUUAGCACUCUGUGCUAUUUGAUUUCGAAGGUGGGGAUGCAGCCCCCUUAACCCAGAAAACCACGGGAGUAAAGUGAUGAAAUUUGGAACAAAAAGUUAUUUCUUGAUGUUUUCAUGGGGAACAGAAGCACACAUGUGCCGAAAUGGAGGGGAAGUAGCAACAUUGUCUCUUUUUUAAAUUUCAUUUUUCAUUUUACAUCAAACAAUAAAGUAAUUUUACAUCAAAUUUCAAAGCCCCAUUUUGACCUCUCUCCCUUCCUUUCUGUGGUUACUUAUGUUUAUAAUACACUUGCUGCAUCUCCAAGCAGAACCUAAUUAUUAUUUAUCCAAUGCAAUAAAAAUUAAUUUUAUAUCACUGCACGCCUUUACAUUAAUCCUGCAAAUGAAGUAACAACAUUGUCCAGUGACAUUUAUUGUUGUGUCACACCACGCCCACUGGUGCGAAUGAAAUUUAGCAUGACGCAUUGGCAUAUAAGUCAACAAGCCACAGUUCCAUUAAACAACAGGUCCUGCCGUGUGAAAGGAACACUAGUAUAUAGCACAGAAGCACUAGCAUUAUAAUCAGGAAAACUAAUGCUAUUUUCCCCAUAUUUGAAUGCACCCUGACCAAAAGAGAAAGACUUAAGGUGGCAGUGCUAAGCUGAGAGCAUCUCGUGCAGCUGUGAUGCUUGGCUAGAGAUCUUAAAUGGGGCAAUGGAUUUAUAGCAGUGUGACUCUUAUGCCCAGCUUGCAUUUUUGUAAAUACACUUGAAUAUUGCAUUGCAUUUCUCCUGUGAUCCCUCCUGCAAAAGGAAACCAAACCUGAGUCAGCCCUUUCCCCAGAUCUUCUGCCCACUCAGUGAAGUGGGCUGCAUUUGUAACAAUAUACUUCCAUCACCCAGUAUAAACUGCAUGAAAAAGGUAAAGGGACCCCUGACCUUAGGUCCAGUUGCGAAUUAUCCUGGUGUUGUGGCGCUCAUCUCACUUUAUAGGCCGAGGGAGCCGGUGUUUGUCCGCAGACAGCUUCUGGGUCAUGUGGCCAGCAUGACUAAGCCGCUUCUGGUGAACCAGAGCAGCACACGGAAAUGCCGUUUACCUUCCUGCCAGAGUGGUACCUAUUUAUCUACUUGCACUUUGACGUGCUUUCGAACUGCUAGGUGGGCAGGAGCUGGGACCGAACAACAGCACAAAAGCUGGAUAUAAAAGUUUGCAAUCCCUCGCCAGGGGACCUGCAAACUUGAAAAUGAGCAGAAGAUGAAGAAGGGGCUCGUUUCACUUUUCUCAAAGUCAAGAAUCACCUUUUGCAGCCUUUGUUCAAAGGAGCGUUUAGAUGUGGCGUGUUGUUAAAACACAGCAAUUAAAAUAAUCCAACGCAGCUUCUUCCUUGAAUGUGGUCCAAACAUCCCUUGGAAAAAUACUGUUGGGAAAGCACCAAAAUUCCUGCCACCCUCUAUAUUUAAAACAGAGAAAGAUUUCAUCACUGCCCCUUAAGACCCUUCGAUCAUAUUUUCCUUAAGUAGUUGAUUAGCAUCUCUUGGGAAACGUUUAUCUGUUUUUGCCAUCUGUCUCACACUUUCCCAUGUGAACAUUUUUUUUUAAGGGCGAAGGAAGCAGCAACAUGUUUACCCACCAGCUGCCGGUGAAAAGGGAAAGAGUGCCUGCCAUUUGAAAAGCGGGGGGGGGGGGGGUCAAGUGCCUAACGUGACUCUAUUUUUAAAAUGCACAAUAAUAACAAGGAACAUACAUCUUAUAGACUUUGCAAGAAAAUCAGAAAGAGGCAUCACUGGAUCAGACCAAAGCAGUGGCCAGCCUAGGGCUCUCAAAUUUCAGUGGCGCCCGGGACAGUGCCAAAAUUCAGUGCCCCCCUGCCUCUCGCUCUCCAUUCUAAAUAAUACUUGUGGCAUCCCCGAGGCUCUGCACCCAGUGCAGCCACACCAGUCGUGCUCCCAUAAUAUUCUGCUUUUGACCAAAGGCCCCGUUGUCACCAAACAUUUAAAGCAUGUAACAGAAGGUAAGGCUAGAUUAUAAGCUACCUGGGGUUGAAUUGAGCCAUGGCAGAAACUGCACCACCACAGCAAGGAGCCAAUGGUAAUGAGAACGGUCUGUGUGAGAGUAUGGGUGUGUGUAAAAAGAAGUUGAGAUUUUCAAAAUGCCAGGGGACACUUAGGAGGUCUAAUGUUUGCAAUGUGCUCCUUUUCCUCACUUCAGACGCCCAGCCACCCUGCGUCCAGCCAAGAACAAUUCACAGACACUCGCACAGUCUCUCGGAAAGAUUCCUUCGAUAGCCCAUGGACCCAGUUUGGUGACCAUCUGCCCAACUUUGUGAGCUUCCUGAGACUCCCAACCAAAAGGUCAAGCAAUGGUAGGAAUUAUUGUGGGAAUGUUCAGAGAUGCAGGAGAGGAUAUAUUGUUUAAUGAUAUCCUUCCUAACUUACGUUCACAAGUUCUAUAUCUUAGCAGAGUAACAUUCCACUUUAAACGCACAGCGGUUUGCUUGUUGCAGGCUCGUCUGGGCCUUGAUUCCUGGUAAGAUCCCUUCUUAUCCCUCUUAAAAUGAAUAGACACGGCAGUCUUGUUCAAGUCAAUAUAAAAGUAGUUUACUCACAAUCAUUCAGUUCAUGGUUGGAUUCCUGAAGGCAGACUUAGGUUACAAAACUAUCUACACAUGUGGAACUAUCCCAUAAGGGAGUUAGUUCCUAAGUGACUGCGAACAGGCAGCCCCUUCUGCUCACACAUAGAACAGCAAAAUGGAGCAGAGCAAAAGGAAGAGAACAUGUGCUUCCUGCGUUGCUCUUGUAACCCAGGCCGACUAGUCCAGAUUAAGCCACACCCACCGCUAGUCACAGCUCAGGAGGAAACAGGAGGUUUUCUCCUGACUGCAUACAAAGCAUCCCCUAGCAUGUUCAUUCUAGGAAUGUUGUACUUGACUGCUAUGUGUUUGACAUCCCACAGUUAUCACAUUCACAAGACCCAGUCUGGGGUUCCCCCGCUCCAACCUGCCAGGUUUGGUUAGGUUUAGAGCAGGGGUGAGGGACCUGUGGCCUUCCAGAAGCUGUUGACCCUGAACCUGCAAGAUCACCUUAUCCCUUUCAUGCCCUCUUGACCUCUUUGAUCUGCAGAAUUGGCACUCUUAGAGAUGCUGCAUGACGCCUGCUCCUCAAAGCAGUUUACAAAAAUAAUAAAGCAAUAAAACUAUUAGUAAAAACAACUUUCAGCAGGGAGUGAUAGUUAGAUGAAUGUACGGUAGCCUUCCUAACCCAGGAUGGGAAUAAGAUGGAGAUAGUUGCCAGGUUUCUGCAAUGUGCAGUGAAGAUUUGUGAAUGUCAUAGAACAGUGUUUUAGUUGUUAGAUGCAGAUUUUGCUGAGUGAUUUUAUGACUUUCAGAAUUCUGUCUAUGUGCCAAUAAAAGUUCUGAGAUUGAGAUGGGUAGUAAAAACCAUUAAAACAAUGAGAAAAUCAAAACCAGCAAACAGAAGCUGCUGUUCUGAGCAAAGUUCUUGAUCUUUUUCAGACCGGAAGAAUUCCAAGGAUCUCACACCUUUCAGUGGAAUGGAUUUGCCCAUGCAGACCAUCUCGGGCAGACAUGUAACUGCACCCAGAAACAGUGUUUACCAUGGGUUCCAACCUUACAGAGACACCAGGAAGGGAAGCAGCCCCGGGGGCCCUAGCCAGGACAACAGCAUAUCACUCCAAGAAGCCAUAGCAUUCUUCCCUUCCUUGCAAAGGUUGUCAGCGAGGGGUGACCGGGUCUCAAUGUCAACACUGCUUCUCCAUAAGCCACUCUCUGCAUUCCCAGCAUUGCAGAAGAAGCUCAAAAGCUUGCUGGAGAAAGAAUGGGAGGAAGAGAACUCAAAGCCUCUCAAACUGCUGCCUGAGAUUAAGCCUGAAGAAUUUUUGAGCUGCAGGUUAGCAAAAAACAAAAAAGGGCAACCCUCAAGUAGAACCUGCACUCUGUGAUGCCUACAUCGCUUUAGCCCUAUCCAGGUGUUCACAAGUAAGGACAACACGAUAGUGGGGAACAGGCUACCCCUGUUGCCCAACUCAGGUUGGAGAACAGUGCAAAGUCUCCCUGUGUGGUGACAGAACUCUGAUUUUAAAGGGUUAUGCAUUGCACCCUCAUGCAGUGCUCUUUUUUCUUUAAAAAAAUAUUUAGGGGUACUCUCAUUUUCCUACUCAUAUUGAAAUACUGCACCUCAAGGAGGCCUAACUUAGAUUCACAAAAUGUUUAAGGGUACGCGUCCCCCUGUGUUCGCCCAGAAAAAAAUCACUGCCCUCAUGCAUCAGCAUUAUUUGACCUCGGGUCCCCAGAUGUUGCUGAACUACAACUCCCACCCUGUGGGUGGGGCCACAGCUGGUGCACUCACCCCUUUCCCCCUGCUGACGUGUUUUAUAUACUCAUGAGCAUAAUAGCAGAACAGGGCUUUUCUUUUCCCUUAAUCCGUUUCUUGAUAAGCAUGGGGAGAUGAGCAAAGAGGGUGAACUGAUUACUGUUUUGGUGUUGUGAAUCACUCCUUGACUAGCAACCUUGCCUUGCGGGCUCACCAAUCUAGGCUGCUCUAUGGUGCCAACUCUCAGUAGGCACUGUAAAAAAGGCAGGAAGAGGAUAGCCGGCUGGCCAACAGCUCCAGUUUUGACUCCCUGGCUGUGUGUCUAAUCCAGCCUUCCCCAACCUGAUGCUCUGCAGAUGUUGCUGGACCAUCGUUCCUGAACAUGGGCCAUGUUGGCUUGGGCCAAUGGCAGGUUGGAGAAGGCUGCUCAAGUCUCUCCUGUUUUCUGCAGCUCUUUGGCUUAUUUCCCUGCCAAGGUCCUCAAACCAGUUCAUCUUCUGCAUCUCACCCAGUCUGUUUGCCUACUUCCUGUUGUGCUUACUCUGCUCAUCCAGUUACACCACCUGCCCCCUAGCUUAUCAGGAGGAGGAUUGGAGCAAGGUGGGAGAGCCCCUCAACUAUCCUUGGGCCCUGCAUAUUGGCCCUGUUUUGUCAGAUGCUGGCACCAGCCACAUCUCUUAGAACAGCGGUGGGGAACCUUCAUCCCUCCAGAUGCUAACGAACUAUAAAUCCCAUCAUCCUUGGCCUUUGGGAGAGUUGUAGUUCAGCAAAAUCUGGAGAACCAAAUGUUUCCCCAGCCCUGACUUAGAAUUAAUGGUGAAGUAGAGAAUUCAGGGCAGUAGAUUUUUUCCUCUUAACAAAUGUGACUUACAAGCAUCCCUCCCUCUUAUUUUCUUUGCACAGGUACCUCCGUUUGUCCCAGAGCAAUAUUGAUACCUUGCUGAAGCUGUGCAAGGAAGCUGGGAUUUAUAUUGACUUGCAUCCUCAUAUGAAAGCAUCAGACAUUGAUGUUUGUAAGGUGCUCUCAUCCACUCCUAGCAAGGUAUUGUAGAUUGGGCCUGUUGCCCAAUUUUGGUUGCAUUGCUUAGAAGACAGCCUCUUAGGGGAACAUUUCCACCGCCACCUAUACUUGGAAGAGCCGGUCGCUUUUUGGAGUCAAAACAGUGUGUGAGGCAUGUGUUCUCGUAAUGCAAUGAUAAAAUGGUUCUUGCACUCACUAUGAGUCAAACUGUGAGCUGAAAUGGUUUUUAUCAAAAAUAAUAGUUAUUCCCUCCUCCCCCCCCCCAAAAAAGCAGAACAGGUCAAAAAUUGAUCUAAAAGUCAAAUUAAAUGAUGC